CAUACGUGUCGUAAUCAACUAAACAACGGUUCACUUAUUGGUUACCAAUACUAUUGUUAAUAAUACUUAACACACAGCGAAACCUUACACUCACUCUAACCGUUAAGGAGAGUACAUUGGCGGAGGUGAGGGGCCGACACCCGAGGAGAAGGAGAAGUUGCAGCAAUUAGAACAGGAAAGACUCGAUGCGCUCCGGGAGGCCGAGGAGAGACGACAGGAGAAGCACCGGAAGAUGGAGGAGGAAAGGGAGGGCAUGAGACAAGGCAUCAGAGAUAAGUACGGAAUCAAGAAAAGGGAGGAAAAGGAGGCUGAGCUCAAGAAACAACAGGAGGAGCGGAUGGGUCUCGCGGCCGGCGGUAUCAACCGAUCCAAGAAAACGCCCGAAGAGAUCGCUGCUGAACAGGCAGCCGCUGACCAGGAUGACUUCACUAAAUUAAAAAACUCAAUCGAAACACAAGUGAAUGAUAUAAAGGGUCAGAUCGAAGAGAAAUGUUCGAUACAAUAGAUCAACAAUAUAUUCAAUACUAUAUUAUAU